GACCGGGGGACAGUACUGUAUUUGACCCGCCACAAGACAGUGUAGACAUUAUUGAGAACCAGACCAUCUCAGAUGUCAGGUGUUCCGCCGACUGUAGACCAGCGUGUACCUACACCUGGUCAAGAUCAGGUACAGAUUACACAAACCCACUGAGUAUGUCUGUGGCCACGAGGACCAACGCCGGACAAUACACGUGUACAGCCAGAAACACUGUCAGUCAGGGAACAAAGACUUGGAACCUUAUUGUCAGAUUUCCACCACGAAUUCUCAGUCUAGAUUACACGGACGGGGAUUCUUACGUGGCUGAAAAUGGACCCAAGUCGUUGAUGUGUUCGGUGGAGAGUUCCCCUCCGUCCACAAUACAGUGGUUCUAUAAAGCCAACAACACACUUCUACUGACCACCCCAGAUGUCCUGGAGAGUACCUACACCCUGACUAACGCUGACUGUCUGGACACCGGACUCUACACCUGUUCUGUCAGGAACAGUGUCUCUAAUACAGCGGUCACCAGGGAUAUACCGAUCAACGUUCUGUGUGAACCACGUCGAGUCACGAGAAAUGAAACUGACCAAACGUAUAAUUUAGAAACAGGUGAUAUUUUAGUCAUGAAUGCAUUGUUCCUCUCGAAUCCGGAGCCAACUUUUUCUUGGUCCUUCCAAGCACCACUGGUCACAGGUGUUACACAUUUAGUCGAUGGAACAGACAAUUUUGCUAUCCGUAAUACCUUUGUGAUGAUGAAUCUGUCUGCCGUAUCGGUUGGGACACGUACAGAUAUACGGGAGGCCUGGUAUGGGGUCUACAGUGUAACGUUCAGUUUUAUAGUGGAAGGAAAAGACAUGCCGAAACUGCCGAAGCUGUGGAAAUCCCCAUUCCGUCGAAGUGAUGUGGACAAAUGGUAG